AUGGAGCAUCAAGAAACAAGUGUUGAGAUGUUUGAGAAGUUUACCUGGAAGAUUACAAACUUCUCUCAAUUGAAUACUGUUUGGAAAAUUUAUUCUGAGCCUUUUGUCCUUGGUGGUUAUCCAUGGAGGAUUCAUCUCUAUUCUAACAGAUGCCAAAAAGAUGCAAACUUAACAAUUUAUUUGGAGGCCGUGCAAAUGGAAAUUAUUGUGGAUGAUGAUGAGCCUAGGAGAUUGUCAUACAUUAUGUACGAGGAAAAUUGGAGCAGAGAGGUGAAAUAUAGGGUAGUUUUAUUCAACCAGCUUGAUACCAACAGAACAAUCACAGGAGAGUUUGUAGAAAUGGAGCAUCAAGAAUCCAGUGGUGAGGUAUUUGAGAAGUUUACCUGGAAGAUUACAAACUUCUCUCAAUUGAAUACUGCUGAGAGGAUUUACUCUGAGCCUUUUGUCCUUGGGGGUUAUCCAUGGAGGAUUAACCUUUAUCCAAAGGGGCAGCAUGACCAAAGAGACGAAAUGUUAUCAAUUUUUUUGCAUGCUGUGCAAAUGCAAACAGACAAUGUGUCUAAGAAAUGGAGCAGAGAUGUGAAAUAUAGGCUGUUUGUAUUCAACCAGCUAGAUACCAACAGAACAAUCACAAAUGAAACUGAGCGCGUGUUCAAUGCAAGCAGCAAUGCUUGGGGUUUCCCUUCUCUCAUUCCUCUAGUUGAGCUUCGUGAUCCUCAAAAGGGGUUUAUUGUGAAUGAUGUGUGUAUUGUUGGUGCUGAAGUUUUUGUUGGUAAGCGUAAGCUAGCUCCUGAGAAUCGAGUAAGUGAAGUAGUUACCUUAACCGGGAAUACCAAUGUGGAAGUCCCAAGGUCGAUGCCAGAAGUGAAAGACACGGAUGACGAAGCUUGUAAGGAUCUUCAAGUUUUAUGGGAGGAACUAGAGAAAUAUAGAUCUGAUCUAACUUGGCUAGAGCCUCAUGUUCAAUCUGCUUUAGGAAUUAAAAAUUAUGUGCAAAAAGCUUUGUAUGUGGAGAAGUUGAAGAAGAAUGUGGUAGAUCAAGAGCUUGAAACAAAGAGGCUAAAGACAAAGUUGGUUGCUGCUGAGCAAAAUCUUAACCUGGAAAGAGAUUUGUUGAAAGCAAAAGGCAUCUAA